AUGCGCUUGGUUUCCUCCGGCAUCCCCGUACACUCCUACGGGCAAGGGGAUGAGCCGUGGGCCCAUCUCGUGAAAGAGCAACGGUGGGACUUGACAAUACCACUGACUUCCGACGAGGACGGGAUAGACGCUCAAAUAGCUCUCAGUCGAGAUGUGGACCCUACGGAGUUCCUUACCAACGCGGCUAGGGAGGAUCGCCCGAUAGGGAUGGCGCUCAACGGCGUGCCGUUCUUUUCUCCGCUCACAGCAACUGGUGCUGAUACAGUGAAUCCGCUACCGGGGAAGGUGGCAGAGAACGAAACCCUUUUUGACGAGUGCGCCGGCUCGCUUCAGGCCAAAACCGGGGCGUACGGGUACCGCGUCAUGCCUCCAUGUCUGCACGGAGAGACUUCUGCCGCUGUUCUCGAGGCGGGCGGAUACAAAGCAGCGAAUGUUUUGCUCGGAUUCGAAGAUGAAAACCCGGAAGGUUUGCCUUCAACGCCGAGGGAGUCUCCCCUGCUAGGAUUUGCUAUGGACGGCCGAAGACUCUACGGGCCAUACGAUUCGACCUUGUCACUUGCUUGGGGGCUCGACGUGUGCAAUGGCCGCUGGGAGGAGCAGGUCGAUGAUAUCGGCGGGAGUACAGCCGGAGUGUACGCCUACACGUACCGAGCGACUCCCUCAUUUCCGUACCUUGUUGGGUGUUGGGGUCCGGCAGGAGUGCCCAUCGGUGCAGCUUCGGCGAUGACGACGGCUGCGGGGGCUGCUGCCGGAGAUGUUGCUUCAGAAAGCGGUGGAUUUGUUUAUUCAAAGAUCGAAGGUGGUUUUAUUGUGGAAGCGGUGGAGGACGGCUGCCCGGCAGGGAGCUUCUUGAGUAUUGACAGCGGAGCAUGUGAGGCAUGCCGCGCUGGCACGUACGGGAAAAGCGCUGGUCUGGUUGGGAAGGGGUGCCCGGGGGUGUGCCCGCGGGGAUUCUACUGCCCAGAUGGUACCGCCACGCCCACGCUUAGGUGCCCACCCGGCACAUUUGGCGCUUUGCCAGGAAUGACGGGCGAAUCCUGCAGCGGGGAAUGCCAACCGGGUUACUUUUGCUUGUCUGGUUCUGUAGCUCCCGACAGCAACGAGUGUGGGUCCAUGAGGUACUACUGCCCGAAAGGGAGCGGCCAGCGGACUCCGGUGACGAGCGGAUACUACACCACAACCGCUGUUACCCCGGACGGUUCGCGGCCGGGGGCUUCUGCAGAUGCCGAGCAAGAAACAGCAACAGCCCGCCGUGUGAGGUCUGGAGAAGCACAGUGUGAAGCGGGGACAUUUUGCGUGGGCGGAAGACGAAGGCCGUGCCCUUCAGGAACUUUCGGAGCGACGAAGGGGUUGACAUCGUCCAACUGCAGCGACGUCUGUCCUGAAGGAUCCUAUUGCCCAGAGGGAUCGACUGAGCCUAUUCCUUGCCCUGCUGGUACCUACGGAGGUGAGGCAGGCCUUUCCACGCAAGAAUGCUCCGGUCUCUGUGCGAUGGGGCACUACUGUCCAGCAGGAAGCGUGGCCGCCUUUCAAUAUGCGUGCCCUGCCGGAAGGUUCGGGGGAGCGCCUGGCCUCACCGACGGGUUGUGUGCCGAGGAAGGUGUGUGUGCGAGAGAAGACGACGCGCCGUGCCUAGCCUCUCUGUGCGACCCUGGCUACUUCUGCCCCCCCGGCAGCACUUCCGCUCGAGCUCACCAGUGUGGGUCCGGAGAGUACUACUGCCCCCGCGGUUCCGGGUUUCCUACGACAGUGGGUGUUGGAUACUACACCUAUGUCGAAGGCUCAACCGACGGGGGCUCGGGUGACAAUUGGUCGUUGGCAGGACAACUGACCCGCACGGCCCAAGCUGAAUGCGAACCCGGACACUAUUGCGUCGCCGGCGCUCGUCUCCCCUGCCCCCCCGGGACUGUUGGGUCGUCCCAUGGCCUCGCCUCCCCCUCGUGCUCCGGGCCUAGCUUGGCCGGGUACUACUCGGGGGCGGCUGAAGCCAGCCUUGGCGAGAGGUGCGGGGGCCCCGGGUGGUUUUGCCCGGAGGCAUCCAGUUCCCCCUCGGAGGUCGGGGCUGGGAACUAUACUGUUGGGGGACCGCCUGAUCGACGGGUCGCGCAGGAAACCUGUCCCGCGGGGAGCUAUUGUCAGGAAGGCGUGUUAUUCCCGUGCCCCCCGGGGACGUUCGGCUCCCUCCCCGGUCUCUCAUCGUCUGCAUGCUCUGGGCCUUGCCCUGCCGGCAGAUACUGCCCAUCAGGAACGUCGCCAUCCAUAUCGACAGGCAAAGAAGUAAUAGGCAUCGCGUGCCCGGCGGGCCGGUACGGCGUUGAAGGCAUGGGAGAUGCCGCGUGCGCAGGCGCGUGCGAAGCGGGUUACUACUGCCCAGAGGAGUCCACCAGCGCGCGCGAGAAAGAGUGUGGGUCGGGGAGCGUCUUUUGCCCGCCGGAAUCUUCUGCUCCGGUGGAUGUGGCGCUGGGAUGGUUUGCGACCGGAGGCGACGAUGAAUCGACCCGGAGUGGGCAGGUUGAAUGCAUAGCAGCAACGGAAGGGGGUGGAGGGACGCCUCCUUCAGGAAUGUCGAUAGUCGAAAGGUGUCCAGACAACACCGUGGGUUGGAACGGGACGGUGAAUAGUUAG